GGGUGUCGUGACUUCGUAAGCGCGAAGCCGGAGAGCGGGUUGGAGUCGGGGCUUCGUUGUGUUCGGUGGAGCUCUCGAGUAGAAGAAAAAGAAAAGAAAAAAGAAAAAGAAGCGAGUUUGAACGAAGGAUACUUAAGUAUUUUUUUAAUGUAAAACUGUAAAAAAGGAAUAAUAGAGGAUUUUCGCUGCGAGGCGCGCGCCGUGAAAAUGAAGCGCGGCGGCGGCGCGAGGCGAUGAGAGACGGAGCGUUGACUCGGAGGAGUCAUUUUGAUGAAUCGUUUGAGGAGUCAUUUGGUAAGGGCGACUUCUAAGUGGAAUGGACAAACAAACCUUCAGCAUCAGACAUGGGGAUGGAGGUUCUUGAGGCUAAUGGUGUGAAUCAGAGGCCUCCCUUAUGACAUGGAUCCUUAUAGGUGACGAAUGCUGACGAUGAAGCACGUAACAAGAAGUUUGGGACCGUGGCAUUGAGGAAGCCUGAGCUGCAUCGAUCCUCCUCGUGCCACUGCUAGUCAGCAUGUUGCGCUUGCUUCCCCUGAAGCUCGCCCGUGUCUACCGGUGCGGCAAGUUCCUCUUCAUCGCGGCUCUCUUUGUCGUCGUGCUCAUGAACACUCACAACUUGCUGGCCUCCUUCCAGAGGAACGAGCUUACCGAUCGCCGCUUUAUCGCCCUCAACAAGUGCCCGGCCUGCUUCGGGACCAGCUGGUGUCGCAAGUUCACGAACGGUCAGGUGACCUUUGAGACCUGGGGGCGGCUGCGCUUCCUGGAUUUUUUCAACGUCAAGAACGUUUACUUUGCUCAAUAUGGCGAGCCCAGGGAGGGCACGCGGAGGGUGGUGCUCAAACGCCUGGGCUCCAACGCAGAACUCGCGGAGAUCGAUCAGAAGAUAUGUAAGAGGGCGACGGGAAGACCUCGCUGUGACCUCGUCCAAGCCAUGUACAAAACCGAAUUCGCCCGACUCAACGGAGACGUAAGGUUGCUGACACCCGAGGUGGUGGAGGGCUGGUCGGACAUGGUGCACUGCCCCUCCCAGAGACUCUUGGACAGGGUUGUCAGGAGGUAUGCCGAGACCAAAGACUCUGGAAGCUUCCUUUUGAAGAAUCUAAAGGAUACGGAGAGGAUGCAGCUACUGAUGACUCUGGCGUUCAAUCCGGAGCCUUUGGUGCUACAGAGCUUCCCAUCGGACGAGGGCUGGCCGUUCGCCAAGUACCUGGGCGCGUGCGGUCGCAUGGUGGCCGUCAACUACGUGGGGGAGGAGCUGUGGAGCUUCUACAACGCCCCCUGGGAGAAGCGCGUGGAUCUGGCCAAACAGCUGAUGGACAUCGCCGAGCAGCUCACGAACAACGACUUCGACUUCGCCCUGUACCUGCUCGACGUCAGCUUUGACAACUUCGCCGUCGGCCCACGCGACGGGAAAGUCAUCGUCGUGGACGCCGAGAAUGUCAUCGUGGCCGACAAGAGGCUCAUCAAACAGAACAAGCCGGAGAGCUACGACGUGUGGUAUGAGAGCCGCUACGAAGAAUGCGACAAGGAAGCCUGCCUGUCAUUCUCGAAGGACAUCCUGUGCUCGCGUGUCACCGUCGACCACAACUACUACGCCAUCUGCCAGAACCUGCUGUCCCGCUUUGCGGCGUGGCGCGGCUCCACUGGCGGCCUCCUCCAUAACCCGCCCACCGAGGUGUCCCAGGACGGCCGCCUCGCGGCGCUGCUGGACGAAUGCGCCCGGCCUCAGAGACACUACGGGCGCUUCCAGGCAGCCAAGGAACUUCGCGAGUACCUCACGCAGUUAAUGGAGCAAGCCGCCGCUAAGAGGUAGUACACGCCAAAAGGGGGGGCUUUAUCCGCCCCUGCCCCACCCCUGCCACAGGAUAUACCACGGAUACAAACUUGCCCACGUGAAAGGAAAGCAGCAGCAUUCUGAGACCUUUCGUUCUUCUGAGUUGUGGUUUUCGGGGAUGGGGUGUUGCUGCCUGCUGACUGUUGUAGCUUUGACGGAUGCUAAUUAAAGGAGUUUUGCACACGGGCCAGGCUGAGAGCACAGGUUGAAGAGCUGCAGAAAUUGUUUGUGUGUGUGUGUGGUGUUGCGCUGAUGCUAAUACAGAAGCCUUGUUAGCGGUAAUGGGGCUUUGCAAGGACCCACUUGCUCCGUCUGGCCUCUGAUCACAGUCCCCUAAUAAGGUUUAUGUUUAAUUUAUCGAGGCUCGUGCCCUAAAGCAAAGGCCCAGGUUCCUGAAGCAAAGCCUCAUUUUUGUUAUCAAAACAUGUCGUUUUUGGAAAACGUUGAUGGGGAAAAUGUUGUGUUGUUUUUUUGUUAGGUUUGUUUUUACCUCAUUUGACCUCAUUAGGACUCCUUAUUAGGGGCCUAUGAGUUGUGCUAGACAGCGAAACAAGGACGCUAAUCCCAAACGUCGAAUUCGUAUAGUCACAAUAUUUGUGAACACAUUAAAUGUUUGCGCGUUGGGAUCGUAAUGCCCAAGAUGUUUCGGCCUAACACGGGUCAGCUAAAGAUUAUUAUGUUAACUGUUGAAAAACGAACAUAAGUUUGGCUUAGCGAGCUCAAGUCUGAGCGCAGAUUUCACCGGACUCUACACUAGGAAAUCUUUGUGAUGUAUGCAACAAAAAAAAAAAAGAUACCAAAGAUAUUUUUGGGGGGUAGGGGGGAGGGGAGUCGGAACUCAUCCAGACCAACGCCGUUCCCAUUUGUUUUUGUUGCUGCUGCCCCAUACAUUUAUUUUAACGUCAAGUAACACUUGCACUACAAUACGAGCGUUGCGUUUACAGAGGUGAAUUGCACUACACGUCCGGUCAUCUGUUCCAAACCUUUCCGUCGUGCUGUACUGUUUCCUUCUUCGAAUCUUCAGUUUAUGACUACCAAUUGUGUGUGUGUGUGCGCAAUUUUUAUUACCCCGACCCGUCCCCCCCAGUGUUCGCUUUGUUUUAUUUCCCGCCUCGUUUCAAUCAUUUCCUCGGUGUCCUUCAAGGCUAAAUGUGGUCUUACUGUGCCUUCGGUCUUUACAACUCAAUGAGAACAUUAAAGUACAUGAAAGUGAA